GGCGAGAGGAGGGGGACCGGAGACGCUUCAGCACCACGGCCAGCGCCUUCCUCGCUUGCCUUCUCUGGGCUGGCGCUCCCCUCCCUCUCCGCUCUAAGGAUGCCUGCGGAAUGAUUGUCCCUCGGGCGGCUGCUGUUGCUGCUGCUUCCAUUCGGCUCUGGCGGGCUGGCAGAAAGUGCAACUGACUAGCCUGGGCUCUGCAGUGAGAGCGGAGUGAAUGAAUGAAGAGUGAAAAAAGAGGCGCACACCUUGGAUCAGAAUGCAGGCGCCCUCCAACAUCCUCAACCUGCUGCUGCUGGCUUUGCUCGCUGGGCUCGAUCCUUCCAAGACUCAAAUUAGCCCCAAAGAAGGAUGGCAAGUGUAUAGUUCAGCCCAAGACCCAGAUGGCCGAUGCAUUUGUACUGUAGUUGCACCAGAACAAAAUUUAUGUUCCAGAGAUGCCAAAAGUAGGCAACUUAGACAACUGCUAGAGAAGGUUCAGAAUAUGUCCCAAUCUAUUGAAGUUUUAAACCUACGGACUCAGAGGGAUUUCCAGUAUGUUUUAAAAAUGGAAACACAAAUGAAAGGGCUGAAGGCUAAGUUUCGGCAAAUUGAAGAUGAUCGGAAGACAUUAAUGACAAAGCAUUUUCAAGAGUUGAAGGAAAAGAUGGAUGAGCUGUUGCCAUUGAUCCCAGUUCUGGAACAGUACAAAACUGAUGCCAAGUUAAUCACCCAGUUCAAGGAGGAAAUUAGGAAUCUGUCAGCAGUUCUCACUGGGAUUCAGGAAGAAAUUGGUGCCUAUGACUAUGAGGAGCUACACCAGAGGGUGCUCAGUUUAGAAACCAGACUUCGAGACUGCAUGAAAAAACUCACAUGUGGCAAAUUGAUGAAAAUUACAGGCCCCAUUACAGUCAAGACCUCUGGAACCCGAUUUGGAGCCUGGAUGACAGAUCCUUUAGCAUCAGAAAAGAAUAACCGAGUCUGGUACAUGGACAGUUAUACUAACAAUAAAAUUGUCCGUGAAUACAAAUCAAUCACAGACUUUGUCAGUGGGGCUGAAUCAAGAACAUACAAUCUUCCAUUCAAAUGGGCAGGAACCAAUCAUGUUGUCUACAAUGGCUCCCUCUAUUUCAACAAGUAUCAGAGUAACAUAAUCAUCAAAUACAGCUUUGACACAGGACGGGUGCUUGCACAGCGUAGCCUGGAAUAUGCUGGCUUUCACAAUGUGUACCCCUACACUUGGGGCGGCUUCUCAGAUAUUGACCUGAUGGCAGAUGAAAUUGGGCUGUGGGCCGUAUAUGCUACCAAUCAGAAUGCAGGCAACAUUGUUAUCAGCCAGCUAAACCAGGAUACGUUAGAAGUGAUGAAGAGCUGGAGUACAGGCUAUCCAAAGAGAAGUGCUGGGGAAUCCUUCAUGAUCUGUGGAACUUUGUAUGUUACCAACUCACAUUUAACAGGAGCGAAGGUCUACUAUUCUUAUUCCACGAAAACCUCCACUUAUGAGUAUACAGACAUUCCGUUCCAUAAUCAGUACUUUCAUAUAUCCAUGCUUGACUACAAUGCAAGAGAUAGAGCUCUCUAUGCCUGGAAUAAUGGACAUCAGGUCCUGUUCAAUGUCACCCUUUUCCACAUUAUUAAGACUGAAGAUGACACAUAAACUUGUCUCUCCCUCUUCUUCCCCCCCCCCCCCCACACACUUCAAAAGUGUCAUUUGUGAUAAACUCUAAAACAUCCUUCUGGAUUUCUUUUUAUUUAAGUUCUUUUUCAUUAAAAAAUGAAAGCAUUUUCUACUGUGCAAUGUGUUCCAAAUAUGGCUGAGCCUGUCAAAAAUGACCUGUUGGAAAUACAAGCAUCCUAACUCUUGAAAAAACAAGGCCUGCCAUGACCUUGUCAUGAAAAGCACUAAAGAGAGUUUAAAUGGCUAAAGACAGUUUUAAAAAGAUUAUGAUCUGCCUUAUAUUAGAGUCAGAGACUAAUGGUGGCUUAAAUGCAUGAAUGUCUUUUUUUACCUUAUGUCUUUUUUUAAUCUGUCUAUUGCUCAAAAUCAGGAAAUAUUUUGGUAGCAAUCUGAAGCAUAAUGCACAUAAUUCUUAUUUAUUCCAAGAGAAAGAUUUUAGGGAUUUGAUUUACUUUGAAAAAAUGUAUAUGAUUCAUUUUGCCAUCACACAAUUUCUGAUGCGGUGCUGUACAGUAUGUUUUAAACUCACUUGCAGUUUAUCGACAAUAUGUAUUUCUACCAUUGUAACCACCAUUGUGCAAUUGUAUCUCUUCACUUCCGUGAAAGUAAACUAAGUACUAUUUUUUAUAAAAUA